AUGUGGGGCUUCAUUCCCGUGUUGAACUGCUCUCAGCUGCUGAGCUUCUGUCCUCCGCAGUCCCGACCCUCCGUCAUCCGCAUCGCAACCCCCGACCCCCGGGAGAACCCUCCGCAGCGCACCAUGUCGGACCAAGCCUUUGUGACGUUAGCCACGAACGACAGCUAUGCCAAGGGAGCGAUGGUUCUCGGGCAGUCGUUACGAAAGCACAACACAACCAAGAAGCUGGUUGCACUCAUCGGGCCUCACGUUGCAGAACCCUGCAGAGACGCACUUGGCUCCAUUUUCGAUGAGGUGUGUGUGGUGGACGUCGUGGACUCGGGCGAUGUGGCUCACCUGGCCCUGAUGAAGCGUCCGGACCUGGGAGUGACAUUCACCAAACUGCACUGCUGGACUCUCACACACUACAGCAAGUGUGUGUUCAUGGACGCAGACACACUGGUGCUGUCAAACAUAGAUGAACUCUUCGAGAGGGAGGAGCUCUCUGCUGCACCUGAUCCCGGUUGGCCGGACUGCUUCAACUCGGGGGUUUUUGUCUUCAGACCGUCCAAUGAGACGCACGAGAAGCUGCUGGCGUUCUGUGGGGAGAAGGGCAGCUUCGACGGUGGAGACCAGGGGGUUCUCAACAGUUUCUUUAACACCUGGGCGACAGCGGAUAUUUCUAAACACCUCCCCUUCAUCUACAACCUCAGCAGUGUCUCCAUCUACUCCUACCUGCCAGCUUUCAAAGAAUACGGGCGUAACGCGAAGGUGUUGCACUUCCUGGGCAAGGUGAAGCCGUGGAACUACUCCUAUGAUGCUCAGAAGGGCGAGGUCCGAGGCCACGCCCUCACGCCUGACCAGGGCCAGCUCCACCCGGACUACCUGCUCCUGUGGUGGCAGCUGUACUCCAAGUCCGUGAUGCCUGUGCUGCAGCAGGCCUACGGGGAGACGCCCUUCAACAGCGGCUUAACAGAGGAGAGCGAGAACGGUCAGCUUCAGGAGGAUGUGAGCGCACAGCCGGAGGCCUCCGCUCCUCCUCCACAGAAGGUUUCCUCAGAGGUGAGGAAGCAGCGCUGGGAAGCCGGCCAGAUCGACUACAUGGGCGACGACUCCUUCGCCAACAUAGAGCGGAAGCUGGACUCCUUCUUGAAGUAGCGGCCGUGGAGAGAGAGAACGAGAGAGCGAGAGAGAGAGAGCACUGUGUGAAGCUCUGUGGGGGCGGAGGUAUAACCACUGCUCAGCUCAGUCGCAAGUGGCUGAACGAACCUUCGGCCUCACUCUCUGCAUCCUGUCAGUGUGUGUGUGCGUGUGUGUGUGUGAAUGACAGAGUUGACCUGUGACCCAGUUUCUCGUGCACUCUGUAACAUUCAUUUAUUUCUCUUUAAAGUCACGUUUGACAUUUUGGAGGACGCGCUUAUUCAAUUUGCAUGCUUGCACAGAGAUGAAUUUAAAAAGAUGAUGCCACCCACAUUUCUUCAUGUUGAAAUAUGAAAGAAGCUUAGAAUAGAGAGAGAAACCAGGAAAACCUCAGCACUGUGCAUUACUCAAUGAUUUGGUCAUUACGUGAACCUGAAUUUAACAAAUCAAAUUUCAUAAUUCUAACAUUAACUGACUGUGGGUGACAUCCUCCUGUCCUCUCACACGUUCUCUAAUCACAGAACUUUAUUUUCUGCACAGAUGACAAAAGUCUGCAGCAAGUUCUCAAUCUGAACGUUGCUUUGGACCCUGGCUCAUAUUCGUUACAGCUCCGCUUGUUGAUGCACUUUCCUGCUGAGGGAGGUAAAAAACCUGUGGAAACCACACGCGACCGGAUUACCAAGCUGGGUAUGAAGGAAACAUCCAGGUUCUGUGCAAAGGUAGCACCCACCAGCCCCUCUAAACAGCCCUGAUACAACUGCUGUUGUAUUUUGGGGUUUAAUUUGUAUGAAAACUUAAAGUGUGUAGAAUGUGUUGUUUCUUGGCCGUACACAGCAGCUUCCUGUGACUGAUGACAACUGAUGGAGGCAACAUUAGCACUUGUUAAAUGAAUAAUUUUCAUUGAUACACUUAAUUUGGUUUAAACGACACAACUUCAUAGCUGUUGGUUGGUGGAUUUUGUCGCCUUUUGGACGGAGCUGUUUCCAGUCACCUAAUUUAUCCUCUCGAUCACAGAGUCCCCAAAAUGUCAAACUCUUCCUUUUAAAGAGUUAUCGUGCAUCCGAUGGAUUCAUAGUCCCGAGUCUUCCAAACCUGUGGAAACUUCCAGCAACAACAGAGACACAACACUGGUUCAAGUCUGUCACUAAGUUGUUUCUGGAUUUUUACCACAACUCCUGUAAUAAAUCUCUACCUGAACCACUUUGGAGGAAAUAUGCAGCAGCUGGCUCACCCUCCUCUUUUCUCAGCCAGCUACAGAGAUCUCACUUCAGUCCGACAGCGUUCACCUCCCGAGGUCACAGAUCCCCGUCUGUGCCUUGAGACGCUCUGUAUCGUGUUAGCUUCUCCAGGCCUGUUGUGUUGUGUUUGCAUGGCACGGUGUUCAAAGCGUGGUCGGUGAUGUCGUCAGUUGUUUUUAUUUAAUGCGUUUGUGUCUCCUGCAUGUUACAUCCUCCACCUCCGUGUAUCUUUGUGCCAUCACCCGGGUUUCAUCACUUCCUGUGUGUCGUAUUAACCAGCUGCCUUAUUGCCUCUCACUGUUUAAUGUACUCAUCCACUGUCACUGCUGCUAGUAGCACAACAGACGGACUUUGUUGAGGCCCGGCUUUCCUGUUACCUCCUCUACUCCACGUGUGCUCGUUCACAAAUCUGCUCCAACAAUAAAGAACAUUCACUCAUUUCUCUUAUACACCUUCCUACAAGAUGCAGAAUUAAGUCUGUAUGUGAUCAUAUUUAUCUGGUUUGAUAAAUCCUGGCCAGCACACUGGUGGAAGUAUAACAUGAAGUAGUCCUGUUCCCCAGCUGUUUACUGACCACCCCUGUUAAAGUGCUAAUAAAGAAAUGUUAAAAAUUUGA